UAUGACAUCGAUGGCCCACAAAAUCUACGAUUUAUGUUUUAAACUCUGUAAUUACUAAUUUACUAUUUAAAAAGUCAGUUUGUUGCUUAGAAAACAAUCAGCAAUAUAGUAAGAUACGCGUAAAUUAAAUUAUUGUGUGUUGGAUUGUUUGUAACCUGUAAAAGAUGCCUUCGUAAGCGACCCUGGUAGUCAAGCAUGUCAAAGGCUCCGUGGCUUUGGUAGCAGUCGGUUCUCCUGCACUGCGUACUGAAACAUUAAUGUUUUCGCUCGAUCGUCGUGUUAAUAUUUGUGAUAAUUCCAUAUUGAACAAUAAAACCAUGCUUGAUUGAACGGGAGUGAAUUUGCAAUAUAUUCUAGUCUACUUCUUCCAUAGUUUACCCUCGUUUUUUGAUUUUACGGACUUUGAAUAAUAUCAGUUAGUGCCAUAUAAAGCGCCACCAUGUUCAGUGACUCAUUCGAGAGACGGCUGAUCCAGCAAUGCAGCCCCGUCGGCAGGAAGUCACUGGUCAUGAGGUCCGAGAGGAUGGACAGGUUCGUGCCUCUCAGGCGGGGGCAGAAUUGGCAAACUAGCUUUCAAGCUAAAGGCAAAGGCGCAGAGAACCAGCCACCAAAAUCGCAGAGAGACGCCAACAGUGACAGCCCAGGUGGCGGUCGUGAUUACCAAGUGUAUGGCUGUCUCCUGCGAAACGAGCUGCUUGGCACACAGAUCGAAGAGUUGAGGGGCCCCCCGGCGAACAGGACAGAGGGGAACAGGACGGCCCUCCGGCCCGUGAAGGACCUUAAGGGAUACAUGCCGCCAGUCUACAGCUUCAGCUCGCCUGUGAAAAAAGAGGACACAAUAAAUACGCCGCCACACAACCUCUCAGCCAUAUCAACGCCCUCACAAAAGCUACUAUGGGCGCCAAGGAAGACCAUGCGCAAGAUCUCACGGAUACCGUUCAAAGUGCUGGACGCGCCAGAACUGCAGGACGACUUCUACCUGAACCUGGUCGACUGGUCCGCGCAGAAUGUGCUCAGCGUCGGCCUGGGGAGCUGCGUCUAUCUGUGGAACGCGUGCACCAGCCAGGUGACCAGGCUUUGCGAUCUAUCAUCAGAAGGCAACGCCGUCACGUCAGUGUCUUGGAGUGAGCGAGGCAGCAUCGUCGCCGUGGGUACACAGAAGGGUCACAUCAGCGUGUGGGAUGUCGCGGUUAACAAGGAGGUAUCAAAAUUGCACGGGCAUUCGGCGAGGGUCGGUGCGCUGGCGUGGAACGGUGACGUGCUCAGUUCGGGUUCUCGGGAUCGGUACAUCAGGCAACGGGAUACGAGAACGCCGCAAGUCAACACAGCGGUUCGGGUGCUUCAAGGGCAUCGGCAGGAGGUCUGCGGGUUGAAAUGGUCUCCCGACGGCCUCUCGCUGGCGUCCGGGGGUAACGACAACAAACUACUCAUCUGGUCACUGCAUUCGUCGACACCCGUGCAAACGUACUCGUCCCACGUGGCCGCAGUGAAGGCCAUCGCGUGGUCGCCGCACCAGCACGGGCUACUCGCGUCCGGCGGCGGCACCGCAGACCGCUGCAUCCGCUUCUGGAACACGCUCACCGGCCAGCCCAUGCAGUACGUCGACACGGGUUCGCAAGUCUGCAAUCUAGCGUGGUCGAAGCACUCCAGCGAGCUGGUGUCGACGCACGGUUACUCGCAGAACCAGAUAUUGGUGUGGAAGUACCCUUCGCUUACACAGGUGGCCAAAUUAACCGGUCACUCGUACCGUGUCCUCUACCUGGCUCUAUCACCCGACGGCGAAGCGAUCGUCACCGGCGCCGGCGACGAAACGCUGCGUUUCUGGAACGUGUUCUCCAAGUCCCCGUCACACCGAGAGCGGCAGAGCGUGCUCAACCUACACACGUCGCUCAGAUAAACACUACUAAAGUAUCACAGACUAAAUAAAUGUUACAGCGGUGGAGUGUCAAUCUGCACAGGUUGUAGUAACCGCAGACUAGUCACUACUAGUCUGUGGCUUACUAUAGACGGAGUGCGAUGGCAGACUGUGUUAGUGAGUGCGAAUCGUAGUGCCACAGACAAUAAGAUGUCCAUAGACAAUGUGUCGGUGUUAGUCUAAUCUAAAAUUGGAGUCUAUAGUUCAAGUAAAACAUGAAGGUCUAAGGCUUAGUACUCGCGUGCCAGAGGGCCUACCGCGAAAUCGAAAAUCGAAAUUUCGUUAUCUGCCUCUCUAUCGCUCUUGCUUACUCUAGCGAUAGAGAGGCAGAUAAAAAGCCAUUUGCGGGUUCGCGGUAAGGCCUCGGCUGUCAAGCGGAUGGCAGCUAACUACUACAGUGAGAUUGUUAUAGCUAUAUAUUAUUAUUUUAUUCACUCUAGGUAGUUGUCUCUCGCUUUCACAGAACUGCAAGAAGCUGUGAGCACUAGGUUUAAAGGCCGUCGUGUCGUCAGCACCGGAUCGUAGACUCCAAUAGUCCAAAGUGUACUAAAGUGU